AUGGCACCGUCAGCGACUGAAUUGGCGACCCUCCGAGCGCUCAGCUUUCGCAUUUCCUCUACCGCGACUGCGCAGCUCCCUCAGCAUGUGCCUGCCAUAGCUGCAUCCUUGUCCAAUUGCAGGACCAUUCUGUCGUCAACUCAGACAUCAAACGCCAAGACCUCCUCUGAGGCUUCUGUCGCAGUACACAAAUACCGGACUCUUCUAUCGACCCUGCUCCAGGACCGGACUGUGCAAGGGCGAUGGUCAGCUAUCGUCCUCAUCAAAGCUACCAUCGAAGUCGGCGGAUGGGAGACUUUGCAGAAGGGCCUACCUUGGGUGCGUGGACUGCUGGGCAUAUUGGCCAAGCCCGAUCCGCCAACCUCGAAGAAGCUCUGCAUCAUCACGCUGACCCGCAUCUUCAUGCUUACGCGGGAGUACCCAACCUUGAUUCGUGAAAUCACAACUCCCUCUUUACCAACUCUGGUGCAGUCCGGUCUGCAGAUCGCUGGCUCGAACCCGUCAAGCAGUCUAUUGCUCACCGUUCUUGAGUGUUUCUCUGAACUGCUUCCAAGACACCCAACCAUCUUCCGCUCUUACCUCAAAACGCUCCGACCACUCCUAUGCCGCCUGGUUGCACCGACUCCAUCUACAGGACUAUCAGAGGAUCAGUCUCCCACCACUGUCACGACAGAGGUCUCGGACGCUGCACGUAGAUUGCUCAUUCAGCUGCCAUGCUGUGCCCCGAAAGGUGCUUCUAGCGAGGAAUGGGAGAAUGCUCUGCGAACCACGAUUGGUGGCGUGCAUCGUGUUGCCGAUAGGGUCUUCCGUGCGGUCCUUGAGGAUUGGCAGUCUACCGUGCGAGAAGCGCCUACCAACGGCCACGCCUUGGACGGCGAAGUCCAGGAUCUCAAAGACGACUAUCUGUCUCUACCACCAUGGUCUGGCGUCUUUGCGGGCAGCGAAAGACUUGUCGGCUUAUUACAGCUUGUCAAGGAGUACCUCAACAGCCCAACCGCCAAUCAGGUGACCUUCAGGGUCGGAGUUAUCAUGGACAUGAUUACCCGAAUGCUGUCUCUUACGAUUCCAGCGUCUGGGUCGAAGUCGUUCCAAAACACUGUGAGAAUCAACAACCAAAUCGGUAAAGAAGAACGGGAGAACCUUUGGCAAGUGCUGCCUGCCAUCCAUGUGGCCACCAUUGAGCUGCUACUUGCUAUGGCGGACCGGCUGCAGGCAAGCACGCUCGCCAUCGACACUCUGGUUCUUGAUCAGCUAGUUUGGGUCUUUGGUUCUGAGAAAGACAAUGCGCAGGUCCGCACAGCCUGCUAUUUGGCUAUUGCGACUGUACUGGAGCGAUCAGGCGUAAACUUGCCGAAGCCAUCGAUUGACUCGCUGAUCCCUCUUAUGCGCACUUGCUGUGGGGAUCUGCUGCCAUCGGAGAUCAGUCCUAAUGUGGUGAAGGAUACCCCAGGCCAGGCCAAAUCAAAGGGCAGCAGUCAGGCUCAGGGCACUGCAAAUGCAGACUCCUUCCUCGGCUCGAGGACUGCCAGUGAUCCUAUUGCCAGCUAUCCGGGCCUGAAAGACGCCGCAUAUAAUUUGUUACCGAUACUUCUGUCCGAUAUACGCGCUCAGUACUUCUCCGACUCGCUUAGGGCGCGUCUAGACCGUACCGCAGUACUUGUCCAGCACAAGGAUGCUAUGUUGGCAAGUGUGCUGAAUCCGCCACCCAGCAAGAAGUUCGGCAAGCCAGCCGCCAGUAUCCUGCCACUUAUGGCGAGGUCUUUCCAAGGAGACAGAGACAUCGAAGGCAUGUUGCGGCCCCGACUGCCCGUCAUCCGCCUCGGACGACAAGAGAAUGACGACGAUGAAGAGGCUGAGGAGGAUGACGAAGUAGAGGACGAAGAAGACGAGCCGCUCGAGGAUACACCUGCGGAUGAGGGCUUUGUGGGUCAAGAGCUUGACUCGAUGCUGAAGACUGCGGGAGAGACGGACGUUGCUGUUCGAGAUACCACCAUGAGAGAUGCACCGCCUCUUAUCGAAAAUACCAUCGUUGCGGCGGAAGAAAGCGCGCAGCUUGAGGCCCCGGGUAAGCGACCACAUACCACCGACACUCCGCUUUCACCUGCCAAACGGGUCCGAUUUGGCGAGACAGAGUACGCCGAAACGUCAAAGAUGCCGCCAGCUGCCAAUGUUGCUGUCACUUUGGUUAACGAUACUGCGAGUGCGGAGGUGCCCGCGACAUCUGACUUCACUGUCACCUCUACCGCCUCCGCGAUACCAGACCUCCCAGCGCCAGGGGAAGGCGGUGAUGACACCGACGAUGACGAUGACGUGGUACCGCUGGUAUUCGGACAAGAUACCGAUGAUGAGUCGGAGUAA